CAAUGCCUGAAAACGUUCCUCAACAAAAUGAUAGACCUUUAGAGGCGCCUUCUUUAAUAGAAUUAAGCGCAGAAAUUGUGGCUAAUCAUGCUGAACAUUAUUUGUAUACAGGCAAACGUGAUUUAAGUAUUUCUGAACGUGCGGCCGAAGCUUUUUUGACUGCAUCGUCAUCAUCUAAAAUCUCAGAUUCGAGAGAAGCAUCACCUCAUGGACAUAGCCGAGUUGCUGGCCUGCGUGAUCCUGCUGCAGAAAAAGCAUUAAUUCAAUACCAAAUGAUCAGUGAACGUCCUUCGACCCAAUCCAAUAUUCAAGGUUUUCUGCCUAUACGUCCAUCCGAAAUGGUUUUGCACAAAAUUUGUGAUCGUUGGAGAAAUACAGAACACAGCCAAAGCCCAGAAGAAAUUGAUAAUGCUUUAAAGCCUUUUUAUUCUGGAGAUAUGUGCCCAGUUUCUAUUGUGGAUCUUUCUGGUGUUCAAAUAACAGACAGAAUUUUGGCUGCUCUUUUGAUUAAUCAACGCUAUUCUUUGACUUCGCUAAGUCUGCUUAGUACAAAGGGCAUCACAGCAGCCGGUAUUUGCUCACUCCUUUACAAAACAAAAAUUAAAUUGCAACAUUUACAUUCUCUAAAGUUAAAUUCUUUGGAUAUUUUACGUGUUCCACGUUAUCGUCAACGUUACCAACCUUCAGUUGGAUGUGUUGCUCUUGAAAAAUUAGUUUCAAAUUUGAAUAAAUCUAAUCGGAAAAUGCCUCUUGACUUGAUGGAGGAUAAUAUUCGCCGUCUCUUUUCAAACGACAAUGUAAUACGUUCUGAGUCGUUAGAUGAAAGUCAAAUGGAUGAAUACAAGCUACGUGCAAUUAUGGAACACAAUGAAGCUCAAAUUGAGUCACCGCCACAAUUUAUGCAUUUUUGUCCGGCUUUAGAGCAUCUUUACCUUCUUCAAGGUCAUACCUACAGCAUCGAGGAUGAAACCAAAUCAGCUUUUCUUGUUCGUAUUUUCUCAGAAUUGCCAAAUUUAAAAACUGUUGAUUUGUCUGAAUGGGUUAUUCAUGACUUUUUACCUCUACAAAAGCUUCAUUUUCUAACAACUUUAGUGCUUUAUGAUGUUCGUGAUUUGGAGACUUCAAUUGAUACAAUUGCUACUUUAACUACUUUGAAAAGUCUAGACAUUUCUCAAAGUGAUCGAACCAAUGGGCAUUAUACUCGUCCAGUAACUUCUUUACAUACAUUAAUUACUUCUUUACCAAAUUUGGUUAGUUUGGAUAUUUCUGGGACAAAUUUGACUUCUGCUUCUUCUGAUAAUGAUCGUCCUUUUAUUGGAAGAGGAAUAAUUAAUAGUGACAUCCCAGCCUUAUGCUUUUUACGUCGUCCUUUAAAAUUUUUGGGAAUAUUUAAUUGUGAUAGUAGUUCGCAAUAUACAAAUAUCCCAGCAGAACGUAUUAGUGGUGAACAUGGUGAAGAUCAAGUAUUGACAGCAAUGGAAGUAUAUUUGGAGAGACCGAAAACAAUGCAUACAGUUUUAAAUGAAAGUUAUCAAUUAUAUCGUUUUGGGACUGAUUUGCAUCGUUAUGUUGACGCUCUUCAUUUAGUUUUGCGUGCAUUAAAAAUGCAUUUGGGAAAUAAAGAUUUGCAAAUUGCUGGAAGUGCUUCAAUGUUUUAUAUUAUACGUCAUGUUAAAAUGAAUCGAGAUACUAAACGUCGUGUAAUUUUGGCUUUGUUAGAUGGAAUGGAAAGUCAUUUAGAAGAGCAAGUAAUGGUUAGGAAUUGUUGUUUAAGUCUUUGCCAGUUUGAUAUUCCUCAAGAAAUUCUUUUUAAUUAUGGAAGAGUUGCAAAUUUGUUAGUUAAAGUUUUGGAAACGCAUAAUUCUGAUGUUUUAACACAACGUAUAGUUGUAUUUUUGCUCAAUUCUAUGGCUUGUCAUGUUGAAGGAGAACAAAAAGUUGAAGUUGGGGAAAUUGGGGCUAUUGAGAUAAUUCUAAAACAAAUUGAACGUAAAUUAAGUGCGAAUACUUGUGAUGAUGUUAUGGAAGUUGGAUGGUCUUUUUUGUGGAAUAUUACUGAUGAAACUCCAUCAAAUUGUGAACGUUUCCUUAAAGCUCAUGGUUUGUCGCUUUUUAGUAAAUGCUUUUCGCGUUUUGGUUCUCGCUAUUUUGAGCUUGUUCGAAACAUGAUGGGUUUAAUUGGAAAUAUUGCUGAAGUUUUUGAAUUACGCAAUCAAUUAAUGACUAAUGCAUAUUUGGAAAUUUUCUGCCAUUUACUCGACAACUUAACUGAAAGUAUUGAAAUUUCUUACAAUAGUGCUGGUGUAUUAGCCCAUUUAGUUAGUGAUGGAGAUGAACGUUGGGCAGAAUCUGGUGUUAAUAUUCCACGAGAAGAUGUUAAUAGAAAGAUUGUUAAGGCUACUGAAAAAUGGGAUUUGCAAGCACGCCGUUUCAUCAACUAUCGAAGCUUUAAACCAAUUAUAUGCUUGCUACCACAAUGGCAUUCUGAAGGAGCACAGCAAUGGGCUGUUUGGGCAUUAGCUAAUUUAACAACUACAGACAGAAAAAAAUAUUGUCGUUUUGUAAUAGAUGAAGGAGGUUUGGAAUUGUUGGAAAAUUUGUCUGUAGAUGCCCGGUCGACUGAAGCAAUAAAAAAUUUGGCAAAUAUUGUUUUGAGAAAUAUUGAUGAAUGGAAGAGAAAUAUUAUAGAAGUGAAUGAGGAGGAUCUUGAAAUGGUAGAUGAUUAA